GUGAGACACAAAGGACUUUCUGAGAUUCAUGAUCAGAAGGAUAUGUUGUCUAUGAGAGUUACAGCAAAAAGGAAAGGAAUUAGACCAAAACAUGUGAAAGAUCUCAUACCUCUGAUGAUACUAAUGGUGAUAAUCUUCCUGGUGCUUCUGUUCUGGGAAAAUGAGCUGGAUGAAGAAGCAAUGGCGGCCACUUUAGAGCAGUUGCAUGUGGAUUACCCUCAGAGUGACAUUCCGAUAAGGUACUGCAACCACAUGGUCAUACAAAGAGUCAUCAAGGAACCCAACAACACCUGCAAAAAAGAACAUUUCUUCAUCCAUGAGAGGCCUCGAAGUAUCAAUAGUGUUUGCAAUUCUCCCAGGAGGGUGACUUGCCAAAACUAUGCCCCCAGUCUCUGCUUCUUGAGUGAAAUCAAGUUCAAAAUGACAGUCUGUAGGCUCACUGAAGGCACCAGAUAUCCUGCCUGCAACUACCGUGUUUUCGCCACAGAGGGGUUUAUUGUUGUCACUUGUGAUGACAUGGGGCCAGCUAAAAUCCAGAGAUACACUGAAUAAUCUGAGACCAGCAUCAGAGUCUGCUGUUCUCUCGUCUCUUGUCUCAGAGGCACUGGUGCUGAUUUUCCUGCAUCCUGUGGACAUGGGGUCAUGCCUAGAGUGAAAUGCAUUUAUCCUUCCACUAUUGCUGAGCUGGAAUCUUUUUAUUCUGCUUCAAUAAAAAAAAAAUCGACUGAAUUAAACC